AUGACGUCUAUGACGGGCUUCUUCCCACCAGUUCUGGAAUUUCUUCGACUACACUUCAUCCUGUCCGACAUACCGCUGUUUGCAGCCCGGGUGAAGAUGUUUUACGCAUUGCUAUGUGUUCUCCACACCACCAAGGCCGCGACGGUGCUCGUCAGUUACCUGACUUAUGAUCCGGCUGGUUAUGCCCUGCUGACCUCCCCUACAACACUAUGA